AUGCGUGCUGUUCAAUUCUACGGUGCUGGAGAUCUACGAGUCGAAGAUGUCCAGGUGCCACAGCUCGACCAAGGCACAGGGAAAGUCCUCGUGGAAGUAGAAUGGUGUGGAAUCUGCGGGAGUGAUUUACAUUUGUAUACAUCGGGCACACACGGGUCGAGUGAACCAUUUAUCAUGGGCCAUGAGUUUUGUGGAGUGGUGAAGGAAGUUCCACUUGGCUCAAAUCUCACCGUAGGGGAUAAGGUGAUCGUCAAUCCUACCUUAACCUGCGAAUCCUGCGUCUGCUGCUCGAGUGGCUGGGGUUCCCAAUGUCCAAAGCUGAAAUUUAUUGGAUUCACUGGAGGGCCUGGCGGUGGUUUGAGCGAGUUUGUCGCAGUUCAGGAGUAUAAAUUGCACAAGGUCCCUGAACACUUUGAGCUCGAAUAUGCAGCUCUAGCAGAGCCCUUGGCUGUGGGCCUGCAUGCCGUGCGAAAGGCAGCGGUGAGAUUGGACGAUUGGCCUCAUAAAAUGGUACUGUUAUUGGGAGGUGGACCAGUUGGAUAUGCUGUAUUGGAGAAUAUGAUCGCUCUCGGAGCUGAUCCCAAUAACAUAAUCAUCAGUGAACCAGAGGACGGACGACAUAAAUUGUUGAACAGUUUCGGUGUCCAGGUUCUGUCUCCCACAAAAGACAAUAUUGGCACAGCCUGCAAAACCAUGACAAAGAGCAAAGGAAUAGAUAUUGCCUUUGACUGCGCAGGGAAAACCGGAAGCGCUGCCGCCGCUAUGGCCUUGUUGCGACCCCGUGGGACCUACAUCAAUGUCGCAUUCUGGGGCGCAAAUAUCACAUUCCCCUUCAUUGACUUUUUCAAGAAGGAGAUAACAUGUGUUUCAUCUAUGGCCUAUAGCGGGGAUGAUUUCCGAGAAGCAGUCAACUUGAUGUCCAUGGGCAAAUAUCGAACAAUUCGCAGAAUGGUGACUGCACGGUUUUCAUUAGAGAAUGCCGAUAACGCCUUUCAGGGGCUUCUGAACAACAAGGAGCAUCAUACCAAAAUUCUGUUAACACCAAAGAAGUCAAAUUUGGUCGCUGUCAACAAAUAA